ACAGCAGCUGCAAUAACUGAGGUUUUAUUCAGAUGGGACAAUGACAAGUUUAAAUUCCCACCUGAUCUACUGCUCAAAGUCGCCUCCAUUUCACUGGUCAGUUUCCCAAGCUUCAGGAAACUCAUGUUGCCCAAAAAUAUUAGGAUUGGCUGUGAGAGACGUCAAUCAGAGAGCCCACCCACUCUGCCCAUUCUCUCCUCUUCCUCCUCCACAGCUGGUUCACUUCCUGUAAGGACUGAAAACCAAGUGAGGAGAUGAAGGAUUGCACCGUACUACACCAGAGAAUACAGAGAGGAUAAACACCGCAGAUAGAUCCUGACCAUCACCCAAGCAACAACUGCACAACUGUGGGAAGACAUCCAGUCCCUUCACAGCAUUGCUCAACACAGAGAAGCUUGGGCAGUGAAACUAUCAUCUGGAAAUCGGUCAGGUCAGGGGAGCUUUGACAUAUCAUCAGAUCUGAAUCUGGUCAGUGGUGUGGAGCCUUCCAUCAGAACCAACCUUUCUGAAGGUUCGGCUGUGGGUGGUCAGUCAGGGUGAGGCUGGGAAGAAGUGUGAGUGGGUUCCAAGUGUGGUGAGAGUUUCAAUCAUUCAUCGAACUUCAUGAACCACUGACUCAUUCCUACAGGUGAGAGGCUGUUCAGGUGUGAGGUGUGUGAGGAGGGCUCCACGGGAUGCAUCUGUUGUACAAUGUGUAACAUGAGAGCUAAAUGGAAGAGAAGCCAUUCAAAUGUGUGAUGUGUGGCAAAUCGUUCUCGUGCUCAACUCAAUUCCUCAGACACCAACACGUUCACACGGGGGAGAAACCAUUUACAUGCAUUGUUUGUGACAAAUCAUUCUCAUCGUCAUCCACCCUCCACAUACAUCAACGCAUUCACACAGGGGAGAAACCAGUCAAAUGUGAGGUGUGUGGCAAAGCCUUCACACAGUUAUCACAUCUCCUGGUCCAUCAGACAAUCCACACAGGGGAAAGGCCCUUCAAGUGUGAGGUUUGCGAUAAAGCUUUUGCGACAUCCACGAGGCUCCUGGAACACCAUAGCAUUCACACCGGGGAGAAACCCUUCAGUUGUGAGUUGUGCAACCGAGCCUUCGCACAGUCAUCAGCACUCUCACAACACCGACGCAUUCACACAGGGGAGAAACCCUUCACUUGUGAAGUGUGCAACAAAUCGUUCUCAGGCUCAUCAACCCUCCGCAUUCACCAACGCAUCCACACUGGGGAGAAACCAUUCACGUGUGAAGUGUGUAACAAAUCAUUCUCGCAUUCAUCGACCCUCCGCACACACCAACGCCUCCACACUGGGGAGAAGCCAUUCAAGUGUGAGCUGUGUAAUAAGGGUUUUGCACAGUUGCCAGGCCUGGUGAGUCACCGGCGCAUUCACAAACGGGAGAAGAAAAGAUUCACGUGUGAGGUGUGUAAAAUGGACUUUGAACAACUAUGGGGCCUGUUGGAUCACCAUCGUGUUCACACAGUGGGGAAUCCAAGUGAGGUGUGUGAUUGAGCCUCACAUAGUCAGCAGCGUUCACGAAUCAUUGACGUAUCCACACAGAGGAAAAUAUGUUUCAGUGUGUGGUGUGAGACAACUGUGAGUGAUACUUGUGAAACACUGACACAUUCACACAGUGGAGAAGCCAUUAAGUAUGAAGCAUUUAAUGAGGGCUUUGCACAGUCAUCAGGCCUGAUGUAUGACUGAUGUAUUGACAUUGGAGAGAAACUAUUCACAUGCGAAGUGUGUGGCAAAGCCUUCACAAACUCAUCAGAACUCCUUGUCCUUGCUGGAAGCCACACAAGGAAGUAACCAUUCAAGAAUGAGUUGAUGAAGUUGCUUCAAAGUCUUCAGCCCGCCUGGAACACAACCAGAUUCACACAGUGCAGAAACUCUUCAAUUGCAAUGUUUCUGACAAGGCUUUCACCCACUCAUCUGAUAUCCUGCAGCAUCAACAGUUCCACAUAGGAGAUAUACUCUCCAGGUGUGAGGUGUGUGACAAGGCUUUCACACAGUCAGUGUAUCUCCUGGUCCAUCAACACACUCAUACAGGGGAGAAACCCUUUCGGUGUGAGUUCUGUAAUAAAGCCUUCUAGAGUUGUUGGACCUCCGGGAGCAUCAGUGAAACCAAAUGGGAGACAAACCCUUCCAGCGUGAUGUGUGAAUGGGUUGUUUCACCUACUCCUCCUCUCUCACCAUACACCAACACCUCCACACGGACCUGGAGCUGGGUCACCUGCUUCCAUUACUCUGAGAGUUGUCUGUGUUGUUUACCCUCCAGUACUCACACAGGGGAGCUGGCGUUCCAAAUCAUUGUCUGUCUCAGCAGUGUCUGCUCGAAGCUCUCCCACCAUCAGUCCAGUCGUUUCAAGAAGGUCAAUUUAACCUUUGACCAGUUCACCAAACGUCACCAAAUGAAGACAUCAACAUGUAUAGAACUCCUGCUAAUGCACAGAUGCCACUGUGUCUCUGGGAAGAUUUCCUCAGCCACAGGAAAUAGGCAAUUAAAGAGAAUGCGUGUCAGGAUUUACCCUGUUAUGAACAAGUUAAUGAUCUGUCCAGCAGACAUCAGUCCUUGUUCCUCAUCCACAUAGCAAAGGUAAUUUUGGGAAACGGGUCUUGAAGGUGGAUAUGAGGGAGUGGUUAAACCAGAUUGACAGCUACAGAAGCAUUGUGGUGAAUGAAGGGCCAGAGUAAAGUUGCGAAUUAGAAAGCACUGUCUACCUCAACUAGGGGAAGAGCGUCUUCCAGAAAUGGAAACUGAUUGGUCUAUGGAUCACUGGAUUCCUGUAACCAUUGGUGGGUUUGUAUGAUGGAAACAAGCUUCAUCCUGUGCCACUAAAGUUUGGUGUCAUUUCUGACCAUCAGAAUUGGAAGCCAGACUAAAGCGCAGAGAUUUUAAAGAAACUUCUGUCUGUCGUAUUCUGAGAGAGUUUCCCCUGAUGUGAGUGUGUUAGUAAAGUGAGCCAGCUCUCAGGAGUGGAUACGGGGUAGAAUCAGACCCUGCUUUAGUUGGUGGUUUGAACUAUAGAUGGAUUAUGUCAGGUGACGGGUGUUUGACUAAUACCAUGGGUAAUGUUUGUACUCUCCUGUCUGGGAGGACUACGAUCCUGAGCAUGGUGAGGGAGUGGGUGUACUACAGUCCUGAGUUUCCUCAGCCCAUUAUACCUCAAUGUAAUAACGGUGUGAUAUGUUCACCUUACACUCUUCCAAGAUUCAUUUCAUGUUCAAGGAAGGCUCUUGUGUCAUUUUGAAAUGCUUAUGUCAUUUUAGUUGAUUCAAUGUUUACUAUAGGCUGAAUAUUAUGUUUUUAUUUGUCUGAUGUUUUACUAACCUUCUGUAUAGAUUAAUAACUCACAAUAAAUUCUUUUUGCUUAACGCAAA